CAUCAGAUGUUGAGCAUGCGCAGCCGUCCUUUCUUCUUCACGCAAAGCCAAGAUGGCGUCUUUGCGAGUACUAGUAGGAUGCAAAAGAGUGAUCGAUUACGCCGUUAAGAUUCGUGUGAAGCCGGAUAAAACUGGUGUCGUGACGGAUGGAGUCAAACAUAGCAUGAACCCAUUUGACGAAAUCGCUGUAGAAGAGGCUGUCAGAUUAAAAGAAAAGAAAAUUGCAUCUGAGAUAGUGGCUGUGAGCUGCGGGCCUGCCAAGAGUGAGGAAACACUUCGCACUGCAUUGGCCAUGGGUGCCGACAGAGGAGUCCAUGUGGUUCUAGGAGACAAGGAGUAUGAGGGACUGCAACCUCUUGCUGUGGCAAAACUACUUGCUAAAGUAGUAGAGCAAGAACAGCCAGGACUGGUCAUUCUUGGCAAACAGGCGAUUGAUGAUGAUUGUAAUCAGACAAGUCAAAUGCUUUCUGCUAUCCUAAACUGGCCACAGGCCAUGUAUGCAUCCAAGUUAGAGCCCAAAGAUGGGAAAUUGGAUGUUGUUAGGGAGAUUGAUGGAGGCCUAGAGACUAUCACUGUCAAACUUCCUUGUGUUGUCUCUACUGAUUUGAGGUUGAAUGAGCCACGCUACGCGACCCUCCCAAAUAUCAUGAAAGCGAAGAAAAAGAAGAUAGAUAAAAAGACUCCAGAGGAUCUUGGAGUUGAUGUAACCCCCCGGAUACAGAUCCUUAACGUGCAGGACCCCCCUGUCCGCGAGGCUGGAAUUAAAGUCGAGACUGUUGAUGACCUGGUUACCAAGCUCAAGGAUGCAGGAUUCCCUUGACCUGGUCAUGUGACCCUAAGCUUAUAAAUAAUUCAGAAUUCUGAAUGUGUGUUUUUUAAUUAACACUUACUUGAAGUUGGGUAUAAAAUGUACAUAACCA